UGCAGUCCUUUGUCCUGGUAUGGUAGAAGCCUACUCCCUGAGAGCACCAAGGAGGCACCAGGCUUUCUCCUGGAGUGUGACAGCUCUGCGCUGGACACCCUGCAGAAGCACCUGGCCAUGUAUAAGAUCCGGCGGAAGGUCACUGUAGAGCCACAUCCAGAGCUCCAUGUGUGGGCUGUGCUACCCUGUGACCCCCAGACCCCUGAGGCUGCACCACUAGAAGAGAGGGUGGAAACUACCACCAUCCUCACCCGUGACCCCAGGACUGUACGUAUGGGGUGGCGGCUUCUCAUUCAGGAUGAUGGCCCAGCCCUGGUACCCAGGGGACAGCUUGGGGACAUCCAAGAUUAUCACAUGCACCGGUACCAGCAAGGCAUCCCUGAAGGGAUCUGUGACCUGCCCCCAGGGAUGGCCCUACCCCUGGAGUCCAACCUGGUCUUCAUGAAUGGCGUGAGCUUCACCAAGGGCUGCUACAUUGGACAGGAGCUGACAGCCCGCACCCACCACACAGGUGUCAUUCGCAAGCGCCUCUUCCCUGUGAGACUUGAAGGCCCCCUGCCUGCCAGUGGCAUCAGUCCUGGCACCUUAGUGAUGGUGACUGCCACAGGACAGGCAGCAGGCAAGUUCAGAGCUGGCCAGGGAUGUGUGGGACUGGUUUUCCUGAGGUCAGAGACAAUCAAAGGUCCUCUCCACAUAAAGACUUCUGAGAGCCAACAGGUGGCUGUGACUGCCUUGGUGCCAGACUGGUGGCCCACAGCUGCCAAGUAGCUGGAUGCGCUGAAGCUUCACUGGCCUUAAAGUUACCAGGUGCCUCUGAGCCUCUGCCCAAGGUCUUCAGCUCUGUGUGUUGCACCCCGUAUGAGCUUCUUCUCUUGGGGCAUCCUGGGACACAGCCAUGUGUUCCAGGCUAUGGAUUGGCUGCUGCUUCUUGCAGAGGGUCUUCCUCUUGUAGGCUGUCCUCUCCCAAGAAGUCUGUGACUGAGAACAGAGUAGCCAGGAUGCUGGGAGAGGGAAGGGUCUGAGCUCCCCUUUGGACCAGAUUCUGAAGAUUUGAUAUAGUCCAUGGGACAAGGCGAGGAUGAGACAUGUGUCCAGCCCAGGCUUCUAACCUUGUUUACCCUUGGAGGAAGGUACUCUGUGUGCCUGCAAAGUUGUUGGGCCAGGAAUGCUGGCUUUGUGUUCUCUUGAAACACAUCUCAGGGUGGGAAUUGUUUGGGUUGUGUGCAGGGUGGGGAGGUUGGAUCCCUUGUACUGGGAUAUGUGGAGUGUGAGCCACAGGGACAGCAUGUCCACUGUCCCAAGGGCUCUUCUCACUCCUCAAAGUGAGCUGCUGUGUUUUCACACUCCCAGGAAGCUCAGGAGGAGUGGCUCCCAGGGCUCAGGCCCAUCUGGGAGGAGCUUCUUCGUGGCUAACUUUUUUGCUGGUUUAGUAUGUCAUUGUAUGCUUUUAGAAGGGAGUGACUUGCUGGUGGGGUGCAUACCUCCCUCUGAACCACUUUUUCUAAUCUUUGUAAUGUGAACUUGGGGUCUUGCCACAAAGCCUAAGGACUAGUAAAGUGUGGUCUGCAAACA